CGAGGCGCGCCCCACGAGACGAGAAGCCCAGCGAGAGUUGGCAGCGGCCGGGCGCCACCCAAAGUGACACGGAGGAAGGGGGCCCCAAGCAAGCGAGCGCGGACCGUCGCUCCUCCUACGGGCAUUCUGUUGGUGUGGAAAUUAUAGCUGUUGAAGGUGGAUUAAACACGUGGAUCUGUAGGUAGUGAGCAAGAAACAUACCAUGCCCGUCCUAUCUGAAGAUUCAGGUUUGCAUGAGACGCUUGCCCUCCUGACCUCACAGCUGAGGCCUGACUCCAAUCAUAAGGAGGAGAUGGUAUUCCUGAGAGACAUUUUUAGUGAGAGAAGCCUCAGCUGCUUAAUGAAAAUUCAUGAAAAAUUGUGCCAUUAUGAACAACACAGUCCGGUCCCAGUACUGCAUAGUGCCUCUGCUCUCGCUGAAGAUGUAAUGGAGGAAUUGCAGACUGCACCAAUGAAUAAUGAUGAAAAGGAACUGCUUCAGCUGCUCUCAACUCCUCAUCUCAGGGCGAUGCUUGUUGUGCAUGAUACUGUUGCUCAGAAGAAUUUUGAUCCUGUUCUUCCUCCAUUGUUGGAUAAUAUUGACGAUGAUUUUGAUGAAGAAUCAGUAAAAAUAGUUCGUCUAGUAAAGAAUAAAGAACCUUUGGGUGCAACAAUCAGGCGGGAUGAGCAGACAGGGGCUGUGAUUGUUGCCCGCAUCAUGAGGGGAGGGGCAGCUGAUCGCAGUGGUCUUGUCCAUGUUGGAGAUGAAUUACGGGAAGUUAAUGGAAUUGCUGUACUUCACAAACGACCGGAAGAAAUUAGCCAGAUUCUGGCUCAAUCCCAGGGAUCAAUAACACUAAAAAUUAUUCCAGGCAUCAAAGAAGAAGAUCGUCUGAAGGAUAGCAAGGUAUUCAUGAGAGCACUUUUCUCCUACAAUCCAAAAGAGGAUAAAGCUAUCCCAUGUCAGGAGGCAGGGCUACCUUUUCAGAGAAGGCACAUCUUGGAAGUGGUUAGCCAAGGUGACUCAACGUGGUGGCAGGCCAAACAUGUGGGUGACACAAACCUUUGGGCAGGUCUGAUUCCUUCUAAACAGUUCCAAGAAAGGCGCUUAAUGUAUAGAAGGACCAUCGGGGCAUUGCACAAUUCCAGAAGUGUUACAAAGCCAUACUAUGAUCAGUCUUCUGAGAAAGAAGACUGUGACUGUGAGGGUUACUUCAAUGGACAAUACAUAGCUGGCUUGCGACGAAGUUUCCGAUUGAGCCGAAAGGAGAAGCAGAGCGAUCCAAAUGAAGUCAAACAAACAGAACAAAACUCCACUCCAGAACUUCUCACAUAUGAGGAAGUCAUCAAAUACCAGCAGCAGCCUGCUGAAAGGAAGAGAUUGGUGGUUUUAAUUGGUUCUUUGGGGUCUCGGUUAAAUGAACUCAAGCAGAAAGUAGUGGCAGAAAAUCCACAAGAAUAUGGAGUUGCUGUGCCACAUACCACAAGGACCAAGAAGAGUCAUGAAAAGGAGGGCGUAGAAUACAACUUUGUUUCAAAACAAUCAUUUGAGACUGAUAUACAGCACAACAAGUUUGUAGAACAUGGAGAAUAUAAGGAAAAUCUUUAUGGGACAAGCCUGGAGGCGAUACAGUCUGUCAUGUCUAAAAAUAAAGUUUGCCUUGUGGAUGUUGUGCCUGAGGCAGUGAAGCACUUAAGGACAGCCGAAUUCAAGCCCCAUGUGGUCUUUGUAAAACCUCUUGUCUCUGAAAAGAAAAAGAACACGCCAGCCUCUCUGCUGACAGAGGACAUUUUUGUCCCGCUUGAUGAGGAGCAGCAAGAGAUGAUGAACUCAGCAGCCUUCAUUGAGGAACAAUAUGGCCACUUAAUCGAUACUGUCCUGUUGAAGGAAGAUCUCCAGAGUGCCUGCAGCCAAUUGAAAACCAUAUUGGAGAAACUGAACACAGACUGUUUUUGGGUGCCUGUCUCUUGGGUCAAGUUGUAGUCAGCCAUGUUACGCCAAAAAAGAAGAUGUAUUCCUGUUUGAUAAUAAUAAUUUGUAAAUAGAAUGGAUGGUUAAAAAGGGAAAAUGCUGCUGCAGCAGCCAGCCAGUUUGAAAAGCUGGAAAGAGAAUCUGUCUGCAGCUAAAACCAUAUUCUGAUUAAUCACUUCAUCUACAAGAAUGGAGUGAAAAAACUGCACGAUACAAUCCAGGGUAUGUGUGAUUCCUUUUAGGCAGCAGUUCUAGAUAUUUGAAUGCUGUUUCAAGCUCCGUGACCGAGAUUCAAACUGGGGUCAUCUUGACAAAGAUUAAAUAGCUGGGAAACAUUACAGAGUAAAUUAUGCCAACUCUGAAUCUUCCACAAUCAAUAAUAAAUGAGAGAGUCUUUCAAUUAAGGGUUAUAAUAUCAGAUAAUACAAUAAUAUUCCCCGCUCCUCCUAUUGGUUGGCCAAGCGGAAUCAAAAGAGCAUUAGAAGUGACAGUUGAUACUUUACUAGAAGAUAAGUCUUCCUGGCCACCUGCAAAGGCUUUAAUAAUUUUGUAUGAAAAUUAGCCAUGCUGUAUAUUCUCUAUAUAACUAUAUUUUGAGACAUUCGUGAUUUAGUGGGAUUUUCUCUCGGGAUUAUCUCAGUAAACUGCUUAAGCAAUGUGUUAAAUUAUGAAGUCAAGGCAUUGGAAAGUGUCUCAGUUCUAAUCAAAGGACCACAAAUUUCUCACGAGAAAAGCUGGAAAAGCAUUUCUCCUCUAUUUCUGCAUUGUUAUGGGCUGUAAAUGCUGAGGUAUCUGUUUUGUAGGCUAAUCAGUUACCCAUUUUAAGUCAGCUUUAACUUAUGCAAGUGGUCUGAAUUUUUAAAAGUGCAAAGGAUGUUUGAUAUAAGCUCGACCUUGCAGAAUGAUAGCUGCAGAGCUAUCAGGAAUCAGAACUACCCAAUGUCCAAGCCUGUCUGUGACUAGCAUAAUACUGGAUUUGCUGUGCAAAGAUACAAUUGGGCACAGAGUUCAGCAUCCAGAAAUUCACUUUGAAGGCCAAGAAAAAAUUUAGCUCUUCCAAUGAUUGAAAAUGUAUAGUUUUUGUUUGCUUUUCUGGACUUGGUAAAUAUCUGAAGUGGAACAUCUUUCAAUUCUAAGAAUUGAGGUGAAGGACCAUCAGAACUCUGAAGCACCACAACUAGCCUUUUCCAGAUCUCCCUAUUCAGUAUGAUUGGGUCAUCAUAAACACAUACAAGUUGUCCACCAUGUUUUGCUUUGUUUAAUUCUUCUUGUAGAAUGAUAAUUUUUUUUGCAGAUAAUGUUGCUUUAGUGAUUAAAAGGGAGGGUUAGUUCUUGUGAGAAAGUGCUUGACGUUUCUGUAUUUUUCUUGUUCUCUUUUGUUCCACUUUUGUACUGGUUUUUCUGUUCCACUAUGUUUUUUGUGCAUUUCUCUGUAAAGAAAAUAUUUCCCAUUGGAAAAAAAUAAUCAUCAAUCUUCCUAGAA